UGGGAGAAACGAAGAGGGAGGUGAGGGCCAGGAGCAGGGGCGAGAAUAAGAGAGGGAGGGGUGGCACACAAUGUGACUGGUGACAAUCCCUUGGUCUGCAGAAAGAGAGAGGGAGGUAGGGAGCAGGGGAUGAAUAAACACAUGCACGGGCAGAGAUGUGAAGAGGGAGCUCACACACACACGCACCUCCUGAUUCAGCGGAACAGAUUUAUUCGUCACCUCUCCCUGCAGCCUCACGCAGAGAGCCUGAUGCAAAACACAAGGCAACCCCAAACCCAGCAGCACAGGUCCCGUUCAUCAUCCCGCUGUCUGCCUGCGUAGCUUUAAGCCUCUGUCACAACUCUGUCUGCGUGCUCGCCGGUGUCCACUGCAGCUAAGGGACACGGGACCGUCUGAGAAGCCACCGGAGGGACGAGAGGCGCAUGCGAAUGAUGGGAAACCUAAAGAGCGAGGACCGCAUUGAGGAUGGACCAGUGAUGAAGCUGCGAGACAAAUAAACGAACCAAUAAAAGAUCAAUUUCUACCCUAGGACCCCCGGCAGGGGACAUGAUUAUCAUUAUGGGAUAGAUGCACAAAGGGGGGAGAGAGAGAGAAAUCUGCUCGUUGCCAUGGAUACCAGCACGCGAAAAUUCACGGUGAGGAGAUGGUUUUCUAUUUACCUGAAGAACAAGGCGGCAAGAAACAAAAACACCGCUGGGUUCUGCCAGGUGGAGGAUGACAGUGUACUUAAGGAGUUUGACAUCAGCCACCAUGUUAAGGAGGGCUGUGAGAAAGCAGACCCUUCACAGUUCCAACUGCUUAAAGUGCUGGGACAGGGAUCCUAUGGAAAGGUGUUUCUGGUUAGAAAAAUAAGAGGAGUGGACAGAGGACAGCUAUAUGCCAUGAAGGUCCUGAAGAAGGCAACGCUAAAAGUUCGGGAUCGUGUGCGAUCGAAGAUGGAAAGAGAUAUACUGGCUGAAGUGAACCACCCAUUUAUAGUUAAACUUCACUAUGCCUUCCAGACAGAAGGGAAGCUCUACCUGAUCCUGGAUUUCCUCCGAGGAGGAGACCUUUUUACUCGUCUGUCCAAGGAGGUAAUGUUCACAGAAGAGGAUGUGAAGUUUUACCUUGCAGAGCUGGCUUUGGCCUUGGACCAUUUACACAGUCUGGGGAUCAUCUACAGGGAUCUCAAGCCUGAAAACAUUCUUCUGGAUGAAGAAGGACAUAUUAAGAUUACAGACUUUGGCUUGAGUAAGGAAGCUAUUGACCAUGAUAAAAGGGCUUAUUCCUUCUGUGGAACAAUAGAGUACAUGGCUCCAGAGGUUGUAAACAGGAGAGGUCAUACACAAAGCGCUGACUGGUGGUCAUUUGGCGUGCUUAUGUUUGAAAUGUUGACGGGAUCAUUACCCUUUCAAGGAAAAGAUCGGAAAGAAACAAUGGCACUUAUUCUAAAGGCUAAGCUGGGAAUGCCACAGUUCCUCAGUCCUGAAGUGCAGAGUUUAUUAAGAGCGCUCUUCAAGAGAAAUCCUGCUAAUCGACUUGGUGCAGGACCAGAUGGAGUAGAAGAAAUAAAAAGGCACCGCUUCUUUGCAUCAAUAGACUGGAAUAAGCUGUACAAGAAGGAAGUGAGGCCUCCUUUCAAACCAACCGUUGGCAGACCUGAAGACACUUUCCAUUUUGACCCUGAGUUCACCUCCAGAACACCUACUGAUUCUCCAGGCAUCCCUCCCAGCGCGAACACACACCAGUUGUUUCGUGGUUUUAGCUUCGUUGCAACUAACCAAACUCAGGAGUCCAGUGUUGCUACAGUAGCGGCCACUCCUCAAGAGCUGAACAUCAACCCCAUCGCACAGCAUCUCUGUGGUGAUCUGGCCUUCGGUGAUGUUUAUGAUCUGAAAGAAGAAAUCGGACACACGGGAACCUCUGUCUGCAAAAGAUGUCUGCACAGAAUUACUUCAGUGGAGUAUUGUGUGAAGAUUAUUGACAGAGCGAGGAGAGAUCCGUCAGAAGAGAUUGAGAUUCUGUUAAGAUAUGGACAGCAUCCAAAUAUUAUUACCCUGAAAGAUGUGUUUGACGAUGGCCAGUGUGUGUAUCUGGUUCAGGAGUUACUGAGAGGGGACGAGUUGCUGGACAAAGCUCUGAUGCACACAAAUUUUACUGAGAGAGAUGCAUCAGACAUCAUGUGCGCUCUGACCAAAACUGUGGAAUAUUUACACUCACAGGGGGUUGUACAUCGAGACUUGAAACCCAGCAACAUCCGCUAUGCAGAUGACAGUGGACUCCCAGAAUGCAUCAGGAUAUGCGACUUUGGUUUUGCCAAACAGCUCAGAGCUGAAAAUGGUUUGCUGAUGACUCCCUGUUACACAGCUACGUUCAUGGCUCCUGAGAUUUUGAGGAAACAGGGUUAUGAUGCAGCCUGUGACAUCUGGAGCCUGGGGAUCCUGCUCUACACUAUGAUAGCUGGUUUCAGCCCAUUUGCCAGCAGUCCCGAGGACACAGCAGAGGAGAUUCUGGCUCAGAUCGGCUGUGGGAAAUUCAUUAUCACAGGAGGAAACUGGGAGCUGGUGUCAGAAGCAGCCAAGGAUAUCGUGGUUAAGAUGCUCCAUGUGGACCCCCACCAGCGUCUGACUGCCCCACAGGUUCUUCGUCACCCCUGGAUUGUUGAGAGAGACCAGCUCUCUGACAAAUGUCUCACCAGACAAGAUCCACUCAUUGUCAAGGGGGCUCUAUCUGCCACCUAUUCUGCUUUGAGGCGCUGUGCUCCUGCCCCUGUCCUGGAGCCUGUUCAGUCUUCUGGCCUUGCUCAGCGGAGAGGGAUGAAGAAACUCGGGAGUCCAAAACUCACUUCAGAUCCUAAGGAAAAGGAAUAGCCUCAACCAUUUAAAUGCAGCACAAAUAUAAUUUUAGCUUUUAAUCGUAGACCUGCAUUCUAAAAAGCACAAAUCACAUCUAAUAAACUAUAACAUGACAAUAUAGAGGCCUACUUGUACUGGCACCAGGAUUAGCGUCAAGUCACUCGGUGAAUUGUUUCAAUUUUAACAGCUUGAUGCACUGAUAUAAAAUUCAUCACAUGCACCUUCAUUGGAAACUGUGAAACUGAGUGGCUUGAGGAAGUCAAAUAAUAGACCUUAAAAUAAAUUAUUCUUAAUUUUGAAAAGAGAAUUUUCAAUUCAAACAUACAGACAUUUUAUUAAAAAAAAUUGCUUCUAACUUACCCGUCCUUUGGAAGCUGGCCUUGAUUUCAGUUGGUUAACAUCCUUGGUCAUAUAAGUGGCAAGGCUGUCUUACAAUACACACAGACAAACUCUUAUCUGCCUUGAAUUACUGUAUAUUUGCAGGAACGGCUGCAGUUCAAAGUAAGAAACAGUAGACUGAAAAAACGAGUAUUCAGUGCCACAAACAUAAAAGUAGCAGUAUGGUUUAUAUAUUUUUGUAUGUCAACAAAAGCAUAGCAUUUAUUGUUCCAAAGUCAUAACUUAUACACACAGCAUCUCUCUUAGAUUAGCAUAUUUUACUCCAAUCCUCAGACUCAUGCCUGUUAAAAAUGUAAAUAUCCUACCAAAGGGAAUUAUUUAUUUAAAAAUGCCAUCUACAUUAAGAACCACUGGAUGUUGCACUCGAGCACCAGCAGAACAAAACAACCUAGCGUAAAUAUAUAUAUUGUACGGCUGAGGUAUAGUACAAUUAAAAACACCAGAGGCCAGUGCCACUGGCACCUUUCUGUACCAGAUUUUUUUUUUUUUUUUUUGCCCGAUUCAGCUGCUUUCAUACGGUGUUGUUCAUGUCUGAGGUGUAGCAACACUUGUUGGGAGACUUUAGUCCUCAGCAAGUCGUCAUUCAACUGGAGUAACAUCAUUUCCACUUUACCCAUGUCUCUUCUGUUCUGCUCCUCUGGAAUAUACAGCUACUGAGAUACUGAACAGCUAUGCUCAAAUUUCAAAACACACAGGAAGACUGACUAUUUACAGAACCUAUAGCAAUGCCAUUUAGUCUUAUUGGUAGAAAAUGUGAUCAAGAUUUUUCUUGCAUAAUUGUCUUCCACAGCCUUUGAUUCACUGAGUAGUCUUUAAAAGAAACAUGGCACACUCUGCAGUCUAUACAUUUUAGACAACGUCCAGCAUAAUUCAUCAAUUUGCAUGUGCUCAAAUGUGUUUAUCAGUAGGCUUAUGUUUGCCAUUAGUAUCUGAAAGCCAAAACAUUGGAGAAUCACUGUGUCAGAUUUUUGUAUAUACUGUCUAAUGCUGCUGCCCUGAUUUUAUCUAAUGAGAUGUUCACUCAUAAAGACGAGGUAUGAUAGAACAGGGUUUUUUGCAGAUACUAGUAGCACUUUGUGUUGUACAGGUAAGCCGUAGCAAUGUAGAUUAUAAUGCUCCACAAGUUAGAAACAUACUUGCUGAUCAGAGGUAAAACGUUUUGAGAUGUGCAAGAAAUAAGCACUGUAGUAGAGACAAUACAUUCUGGACACAGUUUUGUUUGCCAAUUCAAAAACUGUGGGUUUUGUUGCACUGCACAACGGCAAAAGGUGUGGCUGGCGAACUGAUGAAACUAUAAGUAUGCAGUAUGAGUAUGUGUGUUGUACAACCGUAAAAGUAAUGUUGUAUAUAUUGUUUAUUAAUUUAGACUGUACGUACUGUUGUGCAAAACCAACAGUAUGUUGUAUCAGCAGGCUUGGUUGUACAACUGUCAGCAACCAGGAAGACUGAUAUAUUGUUUAGCAAAUAUAUUGGGACUGUACAUAUUACAUUGUGUUGUGCAUCCAUUGCUGUGUACAUACUGUCUAUACCCAGCCAAUUGUUGAAGAUAUUGGCCAGAAUGCCAAAGUUUUACAAAUAAAGGAAAAGAACGGAAAAUGA